GUCACCCUGUUGUGCUAUUAAAUACUAUGUCUUAUUCACUCUAUUCUUUUUGUGCCCAUAAAAACAUUUCUUAAAUGUCUUAGUUACUCAGUCAGAUCUUAAGAUAUUGUGAGACGACCAGGGGUUACUUAUUUCACUUACAAAUCAGGAAGCCCCCUCCGCUCCAUUUCAGUGGAAAGCUUUAUAGGUACUGGAGAGGACGGAGUAGCUGAGUUGCUGAAAGAUGGGCGACUUCUCUUAUCAACCAUUAAUUCAGAUCUUCUCUAUUAACAUGACUUCAAGACACCACCAACUUGAUUUUUAUUUUCUUUACAAAAAGAAGAAAAAAAAAAAAAUACUGCAGUCCCUAGCCAAUAAAUAACUCACCUGAAGGUCAGGAACACCCCCUCCCUCCUUUCUCACAGGGGAUGUCUGGGAGGGGAGAGGGGGUUGGAGAGGCCAGGCCAUCAUCUAAGUGGAAAUCAAGGGCUAAAGCUAUUGGCAUUGGCAACUGUCUCCAGGCGUCGUCCGCGGAGCCUGACCCUGCGCCAGGAAGGAGGAGGUUGUGCCCAUGUAACUGUCCUGAAGUACUGCGGUGGCCUCCUCCCCCGCGGCUGGGAGGGCAGGCAGGACGAGGUUGGCUUUCCUUGCACGGUCUCUGGGCGUGGGCCCCCGCCGCAGCUCCGCGGAGCCUCGGUGUCUCCUGCAACAGGGGGCGGGGGGAGCCGCGGCGAGCAGCCCUGGGCUGCGGCUUCCUCCCCACGCCCGAGUCUCCUGCGCACCGCCGCCGAGGACGCGCGCCCGAGCCUGGUCCCCACGCCGCGGCGCGCCUGGGCUAUCCGCUGAUCCCAGAACAAUCAACCAUGACGACCGAAUCUGGAUCAGACUCGGAAUCCAAGCCAGACCAGGAGGCCGAGCCCCAGGAGGCGGCGGGGGCGCAGGGGCGCGCGGGGGCGCCCGUGCCGGAGCCGCCCAGCGAGGAGCAGCAGCAGGCCCUGGAGCAGUUCGCCUCUGCUGCAGCGCACAGCACCCCGGUGCGGAGGGAGGUCACUGACAAGGAACAGGAGUUUGCUGCCAGGGCUGCGAAACAGCUCGAAUAUCAGCAAUUAGAAGACGAUAAACUUUCUCAGAAAUCAUCUAGCAGUAAACUCUCUCGGUCUCCAUUAAAGAUUGCCAAAAAGCCUAAAAGCAUGCAGUGCAAAGUGAUACUUCUAGAUGGAUCAGAAUAUACCUGUGAUGUAGAGAAACGCUCCAGAGGACAAGUGCUGUUUGAUAAAGUGUGUGAACACUUGAACUUGCUAGAGAAAGACUACUUUGGGCUUACGUAUCGAGAUGCUGAAAACCAGAAGAAUUGGUUGGACCCUGCUAAGGAAAUAAAAAAACAGGUUCGAAGUGGUGCUUGGCACUUUUCAUUUAAUGUGAAAUUUUACCCACCAGACCCUGCCCAGCUAUCUGAAGAUAUCACCAGGUACUACCUCUGCUUGCAGUUGCGAGAUGACAUCGUGUCCGGAAGGCUGCCCUGCUCCUUCGUUACUCUGGCCUUGCUGGGCUCCUACACUGUCCAGUCAGAGCUCGGAGACUAUGACCCGGAUGAAUGUGGGAGCGAUUACAUUAGUGAGUUCCGCUUUGCACCAAACCACACUAAAGAACUGGAAGACAAAGUGAUCGAGCUGCACAAGAGCCACAGAGGAAUGACGCCAGCAGAAGCAGAGAUGCAUUUCUUGGAAAAUGCCAAAAAAUUGUCCAUGUACGGGGUAGAUUUACAUCAUGCUAAGGACUCAGAAGGGGUAGAAAUUAUGUUAGGAGUUUGUGCAAGUGGUCUGUUGAUAUAUCGCGACCGGCUGCGAAUAAACAGAUUUGCCUGGCCCAAGGUUCUAAAGAUUUCAUACAAACGGAACAACUUUUACAUUAAGAUCCGGCCAGGAGAGUUUGAACAAUUUGAAAGCACCAUUGGGUUUAAGCUGCCAAACCAUCGAGCUGCCAAGCGUUUGUGGAAAGUAUGUGUUGAGCAUCAUACAUUUUUCAGACUGUUGUUACCAGAAGCACCUCCCAAGAAAUUCUUAACCUUGGGUUCCAAGUUUCGUUACAGUGGCAGGACACAAGCGCAAACGAGAAGAGCCAGUGCGUUGAUAGAUCGCCCAGCACCUUACUUUGAACGCUCUUCCAGCAAACGUUACACCAUGUCUCGCAGCUUGGAUGGAGCAUCAGUGAAUGAAAACCAUGAAAUAUACAUGAAGGAUUCUGUGUCUGCUGCAGAGGUUGGUACUGGCCAGUACGCCACAACAAAAGGCAUCUCUCAGACCAACUUGAUCACCACUGUGACUCCGGAGAAGAAGGCCGAGGAGGAGCGGGACGAGGAAGAGGACAAACGGAGGAAGGGGGAAGAAGUCACGCCUGUCUCGGCCAUCCGGCACGAGGGAAAGUCACCUGGGCUUGGCACUGACUCAUAUCCCUUGUCACCCCCAUCCGCCCAUUGUGCCCCCACAUCUCCCACAGAGCUCCGUAGGAGGUGUAAGGAGAAUGACUGUAAACUGCCAGGUUACGAGCCGUCCAGAGCUGAGCACAUGCCCGGAGAGCCCGCCUUGGACUCUGAUGGCCCAGGGAGGCCUUACCUAGGGGAUCAAGAUGUGGCUUUCAGCUACAGACAGCAAACUGGCAAGGGGACCACCCUGUUCUCCUUCUCCUUGCAGCUCCCCGAGUCAUUCCCCUCCCUCCUAGAUGAUGAUGGGUACCUCUCUUUCCCCAACCUUUCUGAAACCAACCUCCUGCCCCAGAGCUUGCAGCAUUACCUCCCGAUCCGCUCACCGUCCCUCGUGCCCUGUUUCCUCUUCAUCUUUUUCUUUCUGCUGUCUGCCUCCUUCUCAGUGCCAUACGCUCUCACUCUCUCCUUCCCUCUGGCUCUGUGCCUCUGCUACCUGGAGCCCAAGGCGGCCUCCUUGAGCGCCUCCCUAGACAAUGACCCGAGUGACAGUUCAGAGGAAGAGACCGACAGUGAGCGCACGGACACUGCAGCCGACGGGGAGACCACCGCCACUGAGUCGGACCAGGAGGAAGACGCAGAGCUCAAGGCACAGAAUAGUCUGAUUAAACGAAUAAAGGGUGAAAAUGUGUAUGUCAAACAUAGUAAUCUUAUGUUAGAGGAGCUAGAAAAAACUCAAGAUGACCUGAUGAAACAUCAAACCAACAUUAGCGAGCUAAAAAGAACCUUCUUAGAAACCUCAACAGACACUGCCAUAACGAAUGAAUGGGAGAAGAGGCUUUCCACCUCCCCCGUGCGACUGGCCGCCAGGCAGGAGGAUGCCCCCAUGAUCGAACCACUUGUCCCUGAAGAGACCAAAGAAGAAACAGAGAUUUCUGAAAAAGUUAUAUUUUUGCAGCAAGGAAGCGCUCCAUUCCUUGAGUCUCAGACUAAGCAGUCUUCUGGGGAAAAGCUCAUGGAUGGCUCUGAAAUCUUCAGUUUAUUAGAGUCUGCGCGAAAACCAACAGAAUUCAUAGGAGGGGUUACUUCUACUUCUCAAAGCUGGGUUCAGAAAAUGGAAACCAAGACGGAGUCCAGCGGAAUAGAGACGGAGCCCACCGUGCACCGCCUGCCGCUGAGCACUGAGAAGGUGGUGCAGGAGACCGUGUUGGUGGAGGAGCGGCAUGUGGUGCACGCGAGUGGGGAUGCUUCUUACUCGGUGGGAGACAGCGGGGAUGCUGCAGCACAGCCCGCCUUCACGGGCAUUAAAGGGAAAGAAGGCUCUGCCUUGACCGAGGGGGCUAAAGAGGAAGGAGGAGAGGAGGUCGCUAAAGCUGUCCUGGAACAGGAAGAGACAGCCGCUGCUUCCCGUGAGCGACAAGAGGAGCAGAGUGCAGCCAUCCACGUUUCGGAAACUUUGGAACAAAAACCUCAUUUUGAGUCCUCAACGGUGAAGACGGAAACCAUCAGUUUUGGCAGUGUUUCACCAGGAGGAGUAAAGCUAGAAAUUUCUACCAAGGAAGUGCCAGUAGUUCACACCGAAACCAAAACCAUCACAUAUGAAUCAUCACAGGUCGAUCCAGGCACAGAUCUGGAGCCAGGCGUGCUGAUGAGUGCACAGACGAUCACAUCUGAAACCACCAGUACCACCACCACUACGCACAUCACCAAAACUGUGAAAGGGGGCAUUUCAGAGACAAGAAUCGAGAAGCGAAUAGUCAUCACAGGGGAUGCAGACAUUGACCAUGACCAGGCGCUGGCUCAGGCAAUUAAAGAGGCCAAAGAGCAGCACCCUGACAUGUCAGUGACCAAAGUAGUGGUCCAUAAAGAGACAGAGAUCACACCAGAAGAUGGAGAGGAUUGACCAGAGGAAUAACUUAGCUUGCACAUGAAUGCAGUCAUGCAAACCGUUAGGAAAACCAGAGCCUAUAUGGAAUUCCCUCUUCUAACCCAACUGACUUGUAUCUGUCCAUGGAAAAUUUCAGUCCAGAAGAAUGGACCUUGACCAUUAAUAAAGACACUGGCAGAGAGAUCUUCCCAUAAUAAAGCAAUCUGAUUCAGCAUCACUAAACUGAUAAUGCAUGAAGCAAUGAUAAAAUUACAAAAGAGCAGCGUUUUUAAUUUUCACAAAAUGUCUCAGUUUUCAGCUAUACCUGCACGUUCAUAACCAACAAUAUAAACCGUGAUCUCAUGUAACACAUACACAAUUCAUGCCUUUCAUAGUUUAUUAUUAUUAAAGUCUAAACAAAAUUGCAAUUUCUUAGGUAACAAACCUUUUGUUUACAAUUAGCGAAGAUUACCCUCAAAUGCUAGAAGCUGUCUAGGUCCGUCCGGUGUGUCAGAUUUUCCCCAGGUUAGAUGUGCCAAUAACCAAGUUUAUUCAGUAAACAACUUGUACUUGUUUCAUCUGGUUUUAUUACUCUCACCCAUAAACAUUAAUGACUCUCUGACCCUCUGGAAAUAUUUAACGCUUCCAAUCUUGCUUUGUGUAUCUCAUUUAAUUUGUUAUAAGGUAGUACUGAUUUUAGCAUAUUAAUGCGAUUUCUUCCUUCUUGUUUGUUUGGUCUGUGUUCAAUCCGGAGAGCUUUUCAGAGUUCCCUAACAAGUCCUAAAUAUGUAAAUUGUCAUUAUUUUGGGAAGAAAAACCUGUAUUUUUGUUAGUUUACAAUAUUAUGAAAUGUCACUUCAGGAGAACCUGCUGGGCUUCCUGUGGCUUUGUUUUCUUAGUUUCUUUUUCCGUGUAUUUUUUAAUUAAUUUUUCUUCUUUUACUUGAAAAGAAAGUGUUUUAUUUUCAAAUCUGGUCCAUAUUUACAUUCUAGUUCAGAGCCAAGCCUUAAACUGUACAGAAUUUCCACUGUAAUUAAAACUAUUUAGUGUUAGUUAUAAAUAGCCUUCAAAAAGAGAGAUUCUCCAUUAAACGGUCACCUGCAUCACAGCCCAUGGUGAAUGUAUGUUUCUGCAUAGCGAAAUAAAAAUGGCAAAUGCACUGAAAGC